ACCAUGCACGGCCACCGAGCCCCGGGGGGCGCCGGGCCUUCCGAGCCCGAACACCCAACCGCGAACUCCCCCAGCGCCGCGCCACCGGCCUAUGCCGACUCGGACCCUGGAGCCUCGGAGCCUGGACUGCCGGUGCCCAGGGGAUCAGGCUCGGCUCUCGGAAGCCUCUUGGAUCCCCAGUUUGCCGGACCCUCGGACGCCAGUCUGGGCGUCGCUCCAGGCCCCCGGGUCUUGCCCUGCGGCCCCAGUCCACAGCACCACCGGGCCCUGCGCUUCUCCUACCACCUGGAGGGCUCGCAACCCCGGCCUGGGCUGCACCAGGGAAACCGUAUCCUGGUUAAAAGUUUGUCCCUUGACCCUGGCCAGAGCCUUGAGCCUCAUCCAGAAGGUCCCCAGCGACUUCGCUCAGACCCAGGUCCCCCCACUGAAACCCCCAGCCAGCGUCCUUCACCACUGAAGCGGGCACCGGGCCCAAAGCCACAGGUCCCCCCAAAGCCCAGCUACCUGCAGAUGCCCCGGAUGCCCCCACCACCUGAGCCCAUCCCACCCCCGCCAUCACGCCCACUGCCUGCAGACCCCCGAGUAGCCAAGGGCCUGGCCUCCAGGGCAGAGGCCAGCCUCAGUUCUGCAGCAGUAUCCUCAUUGAUUGAGAAAUUUGAAAGAGAGCCUGUGAUUGUCGCCUCGGAUAGGCCAGCCCCUGGCCCCAGCCCAGGUCCCGCAGAGCCAGCCAUGUUGCCACAGCCACCCCUGCAGCCACCAGUGCCCCAGCUCCCCGAGGGUGAGGCCUCCCGCUGCCUGUUCCUGCUGGCUCCCGGGCCCCGGGACGGUGAGAAGGUGCCCAAUCGGGACAGCGGUAUUGACAGCAUCAGCUCACCAUCCAACAGCGAGGAGACCUGCUUCAUCAGUGAUGAUGGGCCCCCCAGCCACAGCCUCUGCCCCGGGCUCCCUGCCCUGGCCAGUGUCCCUGUUGCUUUGGCCGACCCCCACCGACCCAGCUCCCAGGAGGUUGAUAGUGACCUGGAGGAGGAGGAUGACGAGGAGGAGGAUGAGAAGGACAGAGAAAUCCCAGUGCCCCCGAUGGAGAGACAAGAGUCUGUGGAGUUGACUGUGCAGCAGAAGGUGUUCCACAUUGCCAAUGAGCUCCUGCAAACCGAGAAAGCCUAUGUUUCCAGGCUCCACCUCCUGGAUCAGGUGUUCUGCGCCCGGCUGCUGGAAGAAGCUCGGAACCGCAGUUCCUUCCCGGCUGACGUCGUCCAUGGCAUCUUCUCUAACAUCUGCUCCAUCUAUUGCUUCCACCAGCAGUUCCUGCUGCCUGAGCUAGAGAAGCGCAUGGAGGAAUGGGACCGCUACCCACGCAUUGGAGACAUCCUGCAGAAGCUGGCACCCUUCCUCAAGAUGUACGGCGAGUAUGUGAAGAACUUUGACCGGGCCGUGGAGCUGGUCAACACCUGGACAGAGCGCUCUACCCAGUUUAAAGUGAUCAUCCAUGAGGUGCAGAAGGAGGAAGCCUGUGGCAACCUGACCUUGCAGCACCACAUGCUGGAGCCCGUGCAGCGCAUCCCCCGUUAUGAGCUGCUUCUCAAGGACUAUCUGUUAAAGCUGCCCCAUGGCUCCCCGGACAGCAAGGAUGCCCAAAAGUCUCUGGAGCUGAUAGCCACAGCAGCAGAGCACUCUAAUGCUGCCAUCCGCAAAAUGGAGCGAAUGCACAAGCUGCUGAAGGUAUAUGAGCUGCUAGGGGGUGAGGAAGACAUUGUCAGCCCCACUAAAGAGCUCAUAAAAGAAGGCCACAUCCUUAAGCUGUCAGCAAAGAACGGGACCACUCAAGACCGAUACCUCAUACUAUUCAACGACCGCCUCCUUUACUGUGUGCCCAGGCUGCGGCUCCUUGGCCAGAAGUUUAGCGUGCGGGCACGCAUCGAUGUAGAUGGCAUGGAGCUAAAGGAAAGCUCCAACCUCAAUCUGCCUCGGACCUUCCUGGUGUCAGGAAAGCAGCGCUCCCUGGAGCUCCAGGCCAGGACUGAGGAGGAGAAGAAAGACUGGGUCCAGGCCAUCAACUCUACCCUCCUGAAGCAUGAACAGACGCUGGAGACCUUCAAACUGUUGAACUCCACAAACAGGGAAGAUGAAGAUACACCCCCCAACUCUCCGAAUGUGGAUCUUGGGAAGCGGGCACCUACGCCCAUCCGGGAAAAGGAAGUCACCAUGUGCAUGCGCUGCCAGGAGCCCUUCAAUUCCAUCACCAAACGCAGGCACCACUGCAAGGCCUGCGGGCAUGUGGUUUGUGGGAAGUGCUCCGAGUUCCGGGCCCGCCUUGUCUAUGACAACAACCGCUCCAACCGUGUGUGCACUGACUGCUACGUGGCCUUGCAUGGGGUGCCCGGGAGCAGCCCAGCCUGCAGCCAGCAUACACCCCAGCGCCGGAGGUCCAUCCUGGAGAAACAGGCCUCAGUGGCUGCGGAGAACAGCGUCAUCUGCAGCUUCCUGCACUACAUGGAGAAGGGCGGGAAAGGCUGGCACAAGGCAUGGUUUGUGGUCCCUGAGAACGAACCCUUGGUGCUGUACAUCUACGGAGCCCCUCAGGAUGUGAAAGCCCAGCGCAGCCUGCCCCUCAUUGGCUUUGAGGUGGGGCCUCCUGAGGCUGGGGAACGGCCUGACAGACGGCAUGUCUUCAAGAUCACCCAGAGCCACCUGAGCUGGUACUUCAGCCCUGAGACAGAGGAGCUGCAGCGGCGCUGGAUGGCUGUGCUCGGCCGGGCAGGCCGUGGGGACACGUUCUGCCCAGGGCCCACACUGUCUGAGGACAGAGAGAUGGAGGAGGCACCAGUGGCAGCUUCAGGAGCCACGGCGGAACCCUCCGAAGCCCCCCAGACCCGAGACAAGACCUAGAGGGUUUGUGGGUAACUGGGGCCCCCUGCCCCACACUCUAGCUGCCCAUGUCCAAUUGAGGGCCCCAGCCCGCUCUCUCCCAGCUCAGUCAAUACUUGAACUCCCAUCAUGGGCACUUUCAAUCCUGAAUGCUGGGUCUUGGGUUUUUUAAUUCAUCUUUUCACAAAACCUGGGCUUUUAAAAAAAAUAUUCCUACAGUGAUGUUAAUUUUUUUUAAACCCUGUCCUCCAGGGAGGGUGGGAGCUGUUGCUAGACCUGCCUGAAUUAGGCCAUUUCCCCCAACCCCUCAAUACUCUACAGAUCCUGCCUCCACCCAAUUCCCCACAAAGCACCAGAGGCAGGAGAUCUGGAUUCAAGUGCCAGCUCUGCCACUGACCCCAUGGUCCUGGCCCACCCCUGCCCCCUCAACCAGUGUCUUCACAUGUAUGAUGCUACAUGGGGUGGUGACCUCCUGCCUCUCCCACGGCUUACAGCUUCUACCUGGCCCCAGGCUACCCAGUAUUUUAUCGUCCAGACCCAUGGCAGGGCCACCGGGCAGGA